CUUGCGGCGGUGCUGGGAGUUGCCGAAGGAGCGCUGCGGGCUGCCGUGUGGCGGGAGGAUGAGCCCCGCGCUGGGGCUGCUGGUGUUCCUGGGCACGCUGCUGUACGCCUACGCGGAGGCGCUGGUGAAGCUGCUGCUGCCCGCCAAGAGGAAGACCGUCCGCGGGGAGCUGGUGCUGGUGACGGGCGCUGCCCGCGGUCUGGGCAGGGCCACGGCCCGCGAGUUCGCCCGGCGCCAGAGCCGCCUGGUGCUGUGGGACAUCGAGGCGCAUGGCCUCAAGGAGACGGCAGCAGAGUGUGAAGGGCUGGGAGCCACCGUUCACACCUUUGUGGUGGACUGCAGCAAAAGAGAGGAGAUCUACAGCACUGCUGAGAAGGUGAAAAAGGACAUUGGUGAUGUCUCCAUUCUGGUGAAUAAUGCUGGUGUGAUUACAGCUGCUGACCUGCUCUCCACCCAGGACCACCAAAUUGAGAAAAUGUUUGAAAUCAACAUUCUUGCUCACAUCUGGACAACAAGAGCUUUUCUGCCAACGAUGAUGAAGAACAACCACGGUCACAUUGUCACAGUGGCUUCUGCAGCAGGUCAAUUUGUAACUUCUUUCAUGGUGGCUUACUGUUCAAGCAAGUUUGCUGCAGUUGGAUUUCAUAAAGCUCUAACGGAGGAGCUGUCUUCACUGGGAAAGGAUGGAAUAAAAACAACAUGCCUCUGUCCAGUUUUUAUGAAUACUGGAUUUGUCAAAAACCCCAGUACUAGGCUUGGAAAGAUCUUGGAGGUUGAUGAAGUUGUGAAGGCACUGAUGGAAGGAAUACUAAGCAACCAGAAAAUGGUUUUUGUUCCACCACAGCUGAGCUUUGCUUUACUUUUUGAAAUGUUGAUUCCAGAACGUGCCUCGAAUGUUCUCAAAAAGCUGACUGAUGUUAAGUUUGAUGCAAUUGUUGGGCAUAGAAGCAAUCAGUGAAAAAGAAAUUGUUUCUUAUUUCCCCAUGAAAUGAGUGAAAGCAGAACACAUGCUGAGCAUAGCACAGCGAUUUGGAUUCAGAGCAGAAUUAAGACGGGUACUUCUUCCAGGCCACCGCUUCCCAUCACACCUUAAGGUCCAUCCCACACCUGCAGCAGGAACAGACAUGCAUAACGUGGUGUGUUAGCAGAGCAGAGAUGCAGCUCUACAAGUCAGAAGGACUGUUCUGGCUGUGCAUUCUACGAUCACUGACUCCUA